AUGUCCACCUCUCCUCCCCCUCGUAACAAACUACCCAUGGCUCCUUUAUCAGCGUCUGCCGCAGCUCGAAACUCCAUCAUUUCUUCAUCCGCCAAAGGCUGGUCACCCCUUCACAUCAACAAGCGAGAUUCAGUCUCCCUCUCACCUCUCAAACCUUCCCCCGAGCUCACGGCUCAUUCUCCAUCCGCUGCUUCGCCUCGACGUACCAGCUCAAGCUUCAAACAUGUGACGAAAAACUCUCUAGUGUCCAGCUCUCCCUUCAAAGACCUGGGGACGGCACAAGGAGCUCAGGCAGCUGGCAGGGAGUUGGAAAGGGAGAAUGUGAUACAUGAGCGCAAAACUGCGCGGGCAAUGGGACAAGUACCUCCCAGUGCCGCGGGAGUGGCUGCGACCCCCAAAGCCAUAAUUGGAUUGGGAAUCUCCGCCACCCCAAGGGGCACCAGCAGAACGUCCAGUGGCGGUAGUGUAAGUCACGGAGCCGCUGUGAGUGGGACGAGGAAGGUGUCGAAUGAGAGGGCUAAAGUCACAUUCCCAUCUCCCGUGGGCGUGGAGCGUAGAUCGCCUGGUGGAGUCGAGAGGAAGAUUUCUUCCAGCAAGGAGAAUGAAAGUCCAGAUGUGCGAGCUGGUAAACGGGUUCCGAGGAACAGUAUGAACCUAAAAAGUUUGGCGAAUAGAGAAUACGUCUCGAAAUCGCCUUUCAAGAGAGUUACCUCCGGUGGAGAGCUCGUUGCCAGCAAGAAAGUGGCCGAAAGCCCAGUCUCCAGCCCGCACUCAAUACCAGUUCACAAAGACGACAUAUUCACCUCUCCGUCUCCCACCGUCCGUCGAGUCUCCCAUGAUCGUCGUCGGGUCUCCCCGGGCUCUCUACAUCCCGGUGGCGGAGGAAAUGGAUCCCCGACGCCUUCUCCCCCAAGAACCUCCUAUCAGCCGCCAUCUCUACUCACAACGGCCCCACCGGCCCCUUCACCGUUAUCACAACCACCAACUGCAGUGAUGUUACUGGCAGACGACGUCACUCCCACGCCUACUCCAAUGAAAUCUUCCAUGACACCGUCUCGACGAUUGCGAGGACCUCGUGGUUUAGUCGAAGGACCAGAUUCUCCUACCAGGGGAAGCAAAACGGUGACCUUUCAAUCUGUCCCCGACGUCAAGGAGUUCGAACGGAUGAGUGUCGAGGGAAGUAUCAAUGGGAGUUUCGAACAACUUGAUUCGGAUGAGAACGAUGAAUGGGUGGAUGAUGGAAGGGACAAUAGUUUCGAGGUCAUUCUGAACUCUCCACCUGUGUUGUCCAUGACAACUCACAAACCUCAUCCUCCGUCUCGUUCGUUCAAUCUUCCCACCGGUGUCGCGCAGGAAGAAGGAGAUCAAAUUGAUGAUGCGGACGCAUCUACCACAGCCGAUUUCAUGGAUGCUCUGGUGGAAGAAGGUCUCUUUUCGCCACCUGAACUUCCGACUCCAGUCAUACCGACCGUACCAGAAGUGCCAUCCGAAUCGUCGGAUGAAGACCAUCCAGACACUUUUCUAUCUACACCCUCCCUCGGUGGAUCUCUUCAUCCCACACCGUUAUUGGGAGACUCGGAAUUCUCUCCUCCAAUGGAAAGCACUUUCAAAUUCACCGAGAAGGAUCACUCCGGUAUCCCGUAUGGACGAACUCAUCAUGCCCAACGUGCCGCCAUAGCACACUCCUUACCUCCUAUCCAGAGUGUAUCACCCCUUGUGCAACCCGCUAUUCCCCAUGCUGAGGAUCAUCAGAUGCUUAUGAAUGCCAACGCUGUCAAUCCCUCGCUUCCUGUCCUAUCUCACCCUGAAGUAGGGGGACCCCAUGCUCAUCAAGCUGGCCUAUUACCCGACCCGUUCAUUACCAUCAGCACUGCCACCAAAGUGCUCUCUCCGGCAAACAAUGAGCGAGAGGAAGACGGAGUGCCUCUGGGUCGAACAAGUCAUUUGGAGCGGAUGCAAGCCGCUCGCGCGCUCGCUACUCAGUCUCUUGGGUUGGGAAUGCCAGGUAUGCCUCGAAGUCCUGCUGUUCCUCAAGCGCUGGAGGUGACCAAACCGCAUGUGAUGGAACCAAGUACACCUACUGGAUUUGCAGAAGCACUGUUUGACGCUAGCUUUGAAAUGCGGAAGGGCGACUUGCUUGAGGACAAGCCGCAGGACAGUCCGUCAACACAGGAGAGGAAGAUCAGCGAGGUACCGGAGAUGAAGGGUCCCAAGAGGAUGUCGGUGUUACUGGACAAGGUAGAGAGGAAGGAAGAAGCACACAAGGACAGAGAUUUACCGAGACCCCCGAAGCCUGAACCCAUCAAACUUCCCAGCCCUGUCACUAGAUCUGAGGACGAACCGGUAGUGAAGAAGCGGACCAGCACAUAUGGCUUAUCUGCUCCCUUCUCCCUACCUUUGAUUGGCGCGACCAGUCCUCUUUUCGGCGGCUUCACCUCGACGUUCACCGAAACUCCCGAGCCUCCCCCGGUGGAACCAAGUGAAACUCCAGUCGACGAAAUAGUCAGACCUCUCACCCCUCCAAGACCUCUUAACCCCGACGGCCCUAAGGUAGAAUCACCCCACCGGAUUCCCUCAUUCGAUUUCGAAGAUAUCUCUCUCGAUACUAUUGACCCCAAACCUAAAUCCUCUCUCCGACCCGUCUCAUUACCUCCCCCCAAAACGGCUUCUUCCGUACCGACUCAACGUUCUGCGUCUGACGAACGCAAAAUGCCGGAAUCACUAUCUCUCAGUACCCUUCCUUCGAUUCCUUCCACUGGCUCUCGCUCUGGAAUUGACUUUGGAUCAUCGUCAGACGGGAAUGGAAUGGGCACAGGCUCUGCCGGAAGAAUUCGACAGAGAAUUUCUCGAGAUAUGAUCAAAGAGACCGUACAACAGCGACUUGCUGAGGGUAGUCUCUCGAAAAGACAUACUCUGCCAACGGAGGAAAGUCAUGUACUCGAAACUCAAUCCAAGCUGGGCAAGACUAACCCUUCCCAGGCGUCUAGAGACAAAGCUUUACCUCCACCUCCGCCUCUGAUAGAGAUCGAUGCUGAGGAGAAAACUCCAAAACCGGAGCGACCGUCUCUUCGACCGAGAAGUCAAACUCAAUCCGCUCAGAGGAUACUGGAACAAAAUUCCAAAGACGGUGUGAUACACGCUCCUCAAAGCGCUUUGGACAAACUGGCUAGUGGGGUGGUAGGCGAUGAAAAGAUUAUUCUCGGUCCAUCCAAGAUUCAGAGUACAUUCCCCGUCAGUAUACUUCAAAAGCCGAAAGACACGGCUGUGAAGGUACAUCCGCCGAGGGAGGAGGUUUCGGAGAUACCUUUGAUUGCGAGUACGGCAGAAACGGUGAAGAGGCCAGAGAAGAUGGAGACGGGAGAUAGGGCUGGGCCGUCGAAAGUGUCGAGGAGAAGGAGUAGGAGUGUUAGUGAUGUGACGGAGGAGUCGGAUGAGAUCGUCACCCCGCGAGGUUCUAUCCUCAGACCACGUCUGACUCUUGGUAUUCGUAGUGAUCGACGGUCCAUGCUCGAUGCGUUCGAGGAAGAAACACGGGAUAUAGAUAGCACGCGCAAAUACAAGAUCAAAGAGAAACCAAUGGUCCGUGCGACAUAUACAGAGACGUUCAGUCACACCAGAGCUGGUGACCUUGAUUCUGGUCGAGCUUGGAGACAAUUACGCCGGCCGUCUGAUCUUAAUGAACAUGCGGCUGAGAUCCGGCAGAUGAGGGAGAAGGAAGCGAGUGUUGGGAAAGCCAGUGGAACCAUCUUUGUCAAAGUAUUGGGCAUUGAAGGAUUGGUUGUUCCUAUUCCAGAUCAACCGACUUAUUUCUGCGUCACGCUUGAUAAUGGGAUAGAUUACAUUCGUACACCUUAUUCUUUACUGUCCGAAGGUGCACGAGUCAAUCAAGAAUUCUCACUCGUCGAACAUCCUAACUUUGAAUUCACCCUUUCUCUCGAUGUCCGACGGGAUCCUCAUAUCCUCCAAGCAUUACACACGAAACCUCCUUCAUCAACUCCCAUUCCUGCAUCUCCUGCAAAACAUUCAGCAUUACGAAACAUCUUUUCUUCUCCUCGUAAAGCCAAACCUGCCAAAUCAGAGUCUCGAUCAACCACACCUCUACCUGUCCUCCCUGCUCCUACACCCCAACCACCAGUAGACAACAUAGCGAAAUAUUUACCCACUCCAACAUCAGCAACGAUCGCUAAAACUCACGUGGCGUUCAAACCCAUUGCCAAGAAUUGCGAGGCGAAGAUAUUGGAGAUUCGGUAUCCUAUGUUUGCCAUGUUCCGUGGUGAACCUGAUCGACAUAUUGGACCAGGACAACAACAAGCUCAAAAUGCCCCAAGGAAACAAUUGGCAAAGAUUACUCUUCAGAUUUUCAGAUUACCACCUAUUCCUGGGUUGAGACCAGAGGAAUUACCACAAUGUAUCGAUGAUUGUCUAAGGGGAAUAAGACAUCAUGCAUGGCAUGAACAUGAGUAUCAUGAAGGACUUUUGACACAAGAUGGAGGAGAUUGCACCGUCCCACGUCGACGUAUGUUCAGACUCAUCGGAGGUAACCUCGUGGCGAUGAACGAAGUCACAAAGAAACAUGUUGCCUCUAUCGACUUGAGACAAGCGAUAGGAGUUAUAGAUCUAAACGUUUCUGGAGGCUCGCCAAAAUCUCGUAUGACCAUGAGGAGAGGAAGUGACGAAGGAAUAUCUAGUCGACCGAGGAGUUUCGAAAUGGAGUUUAAGGAUGGAGAGACUAUCAUCUUUUCGGCUGAUACGGAUGCUGAUAAAGUGGCAUGGAUGACCACAUUAGAAGGAUUGAUUGGUAAAAUUCCCUCAAACCCUCUUUGGGCAGAAUUAUUAGCUGCUAAAAUGCGCGAGAAAGAGUUCAAGGGUAAACGUUCCGGUUCAACUUCGUCAAUUGGGAAAGAUACACGGAGAUCGUCUACGAAAUCUCAUGUGACCGGGAGAACACCGAGUAGGACCAAGUCAUGAGUUCUUUUUGGAUCUCCAAACCAACUUUAACGACACAUCCCGCAUGUAUCUUUCCGACCCAGAGAAUACUUUAGAACCAGGGGUUCACGUCGGAUGUGCACAGAUGACGUCGACGAUACACGAUCUGCAAUCGAGUGGAGAGUGAAGGGAAAGGAGAAGGUUUAAGAGGUUUUAUUUAUCUGUUACUUGGAGGUUUGAAAUGUUAGGUGAUGAUGAUCUGGAAUCAAUGAUGAAAUAAAUUGAUGAAUUUGGUUUUUGAG